GCUGGCGCCAAGCCCGCGCCCCCGCCAGCCCCUCGGAUCCGAGGGCGUUCCAGUCAUCUCCGAAAGGGAGGGGAGAGGCCGCGAACAAAGCGACGGCGGAACCCGGACCUGCGCUCCUCUCCUGCCCGAGGGCGGGGAGGGGCCCCGGACCCGCCUUCUCCGCUGGCUCCCCACCUCUCACCUCCGCGCGUCCGCCCGCCACCUCCCGAGACAACUCCCAGUCCCACCAGAGUCGCGGGGACUUCUCGGGUCCGAGCUGCGUGCCGACUCUCCUCGCACCCCAGCCCCAGGCCCAACCUCCGCAGCUGGGAAAAACCAAUCCGGGGGGCGGAGGAGGGCAGGCCUGCCGGAGUGGCUGCUCCGGCCGCGCGGCCAGCCUCCGCGGACCUCGGUGGGGGGAUUGAAUAAAGGAGGCGAGGGGGGAGUCUGCGCUGCGCACCUCCUCCUGGUGGAAACUGACGAGGAAUGCACCGGAAAAGAGACUGGAGGCUGCAGUAUCAACCCCUAGGGACUUCCAGCCAGCUUGGCCCACUGCCCAGUGCUCCUUCAUCUGGUUCUGUCUGCAGUUGCCAAGAGAGUGAUGGAAGAAUUUCUAGAAGAGGCUUCGUUUCAGUCCAACUCUCUAGCUGGACUGGUUGUGCCUACAUAAUGGAGAACAUGAGUCCUGACAGCACCAGGUUUACAUACUCCUGCAUGGCCUCAAACUAAGUUCUCUUUGGUUCCAAGGUUUUCCCAGCUACUGAGAGUCACAAAUUCUGCCUGAAUAGCAGGGUGACCUUUUCAGAGAGGAGCCAGUGUUUGUAAGCUGAAGUAUACAAAGGAAGAAAACCAAGUUUACGGACUCUGUGCUAGAGGAAGAAAGCUCAUCAAAGCAGCCCUCCACCACCCUCACUCCCAUCCCCACCCGCGUCUUCCAGCUCCUUCAUCUCCAUCCUCCCUGACCUUACUGGACCAGUAGAACUGACAGCUACAGGGAUGCGGUUGUCCAUUCAGGCUCUUUGAUGUCUUUAAAACUCUCCCUCAGUGUCCACUUGACUUUUGCGGGGAAAGAAGUGGCAUCUGGCACCUCCGCUCUGUGGAAUGUGGCUGACUGCUCCUGGGAAGGAGAAUCAAGAAGCAGCCAACCUGGGUUAGGAGGGCAGGAUCAGCGUGCCCUUUCAAAGACUGAUCUCUCACUUGGAAUUGAGGCUGGCUUGGCUUUGUGAGAUACUUCCAGGACCAGGAAUCCAUCUCGAUCUGUAGGUAUAAGCUGCUGUUUCUCAAGUACUUCUGCCUUUCAUAGCCAGGUUCUUCUCUGGUACCAGCACUGAGAAGCUGAUCAGAUCUGCAUGUGUCCAUCAUUACCUGCUUCCUGACUGGUGACAGAGGACGCUGGAGUAAUUCAGAAGAGAAAUGAAGGGUACUUAAUGGAUUUCAGUGACUACAUCAAUGGAUACAGUAAGGGCUGCCAACAACCUCCAGCCAAAGACUACCAGGUCACACUUGCAAUCAUGGAUAUUUAAAAGGACCCGACAGUGUGGAGGGGGAGUUCCCCUCCUCCUCCCCCGUGGUGCUUGACUCCAGGAAUAAUUUAUAAACUGUGGAAAGGUUUUUUUUUUAAAUAAAGAACUUGUGUUUGAUAUAAACUUGAUAGGGCUAUUUAUAAUUUUUGGAUUUAAGUGCCAAAAUAAAUUGUACAAAUCUAUAUAGUUUUAUACUGCUGCCAUGAGGAUUUAAAUUAUAAUCCUAAACAGGCCAUUUAUUCUCUAUAAAUCUUUCUGAAUAGCACCUUUGUGUCCUGGCUUUUUCAUUUUUAAAAAUUUUCUGACUGUUCAGAAGAAGUAAGCUGUAUUAAAACAAUUAGGAUGAAUUCUUCCAUCCCCGACUGCACAUCAAAAUGUCGAUCCCUGCAGCAUGCUUUGGAUGUCCUUUCUGUGGUAACAAAGGGGAGUGAAAACCAGAUUAAGGCCUUUCUCUCCAGUCAUUGUUACAAUGCUGCAACUAUCAAGGAUGCCUUUGGCAGAAAUGCCCUCCACCUUGUUUCCUCCUGUGGAAAGAAAGGAGUGUUAGAUUGGCUAAUUGAGAAAGGAGUGGAUCCAUUGGUGAAAGACAAGGAGUCAGGAUGGACAGCUUUGCAUAGAAGCGUUUUUUAUGGACAUAUUGAUUGUGUUUGGUCUCUAUUGAAGCAUGGUGUUAGUCUGUAUAUUCAAGAUAAAGAAGGCUUGUCAGCUUUGGAUCUUGUAAUGAAGGAUAGACCAGCUCAUGUAGUAUUCAGAAAUACCGAUCCUACAGAUGUCUACACUUGGGGAGAUAAUACAAAUUUCACCCUGGGUCAUGGAAGCCAGAAUAGCAAACAUCAUCCCGAGUUGGUGGAUCUGUUCUCUAGGAGUGGGGUUUAUAUCAAGCAGGUGGUGCUUUGUAAAUUUCACUCAGUGUUUCUAUCUCAGAAAGGGCAAGUUUAUACCUGUGGUCAUGGUCCUGGAGGACGAUUAGGCCAUGGAGAUGAACAGACAUGCUUGGUCCCUAGGCUUGUGGAAGGACUGAGUGGUCAUAAUUGUUCCCAAGUGGCAGCUGCUAAGGAUCAUACUGUUGUAUUAACUGAAGAUGGAUGUGUUUAUACGUUUGGUCUAAAUAUUUUUCAUCAAUUAGGAAUCAUUCCUCCACCUUCCAGUUGUAAUGUACCCAGACAGAUGCAAGCAAAAUAUCUGAAAGGGAGGACAAUCACUGGAGUAGCAGCAGGCAGGUUUCAUACAGUGCUGUGGACUAGAGAAGCUGUUUACACUAUGGGACUAAAUGGUGGACAGCUGGGUUAUUUACUAGAUCCCAAUGGAGAAAAGUGCGUAACUGCUCCUCGUCAAGUCUCUGCCCUUCAUCAUAAGGACAUAACUGUGUCUCUGGUUGCUGCUAGUGAUGGGGCAACUGUCUGUGUUACCACAAAGGGAGAUAUUUACUUACUUGCAGACUAUCAGUGCAAGAAGAUGGCUUCUAAACAACUAAAUGUGAAAAAGGUUCUUGUUUCUGGGGGGCAUAUGGAAUACAAAGUUGAUCCUGAACAUUUGAAAGAAAAUGGGGGUGAAAAAAUUUGCAUUCUUGCAAUGGAUGGAGCUGGAAGGGUAUUUUGCUGGAGAUCAGUCAACAGUUCUCUGAAGCAGUGUCGAUGGGCCUAUCCACGCCAAGUCUUCAUUUCUGAUAUUGCUUUAAGUAGAAAUGAAAUUCUUUUUGUCACAAGAGAUGGAGAGGGAUUUAGAGGGAAAUGGUUUGAAGAAAAAAGAAAGAGUUCUGAAAAGAAAGCAGAGAUUUUAUCAAACCUUCAUAAUUCCUCACCAGAUGUGUCUUGUGUCUCUGAUAUAAAUAGUGCAUAUGAAAGAAUUCGACUUGAGAAACUUACUUUUGCCCAUAGAGCUGUUAGUGUCAGCACGGAUCCAAGUGGAUGCAACUUUGCAAUCUUGCAGUCAGAUCCUAAAACAAGCCUUUAUGAAAUUCCAGCUGUGUCCUCAUCAUCCUUUUCUGAAGAGUUUGGCAAACUGUUGAGGGAAACGGAUGAAAUGGACAACAUCCAUGAUGUGACAUUUCAAGUUGGCAAUAGAAUCUUCCCUGCACAUAAAUAUAUUUUGUCAGUGCGUUCUGACUUUUUCCAGAAAUUGUUUCUUUCAGAUGGUACUACUUUAGACUUUAUAGAUGUUUACCGGAAAGAUGAAGAUUCUGCAGGGUGCCAUCUCUUUGUGGUAGAGAAGGUUCAUCCUGACUUGUUUGAAUACCUUUUACAAUUUAUAUACACAGAUACUUGUGACUUUUUAACUCAUGGCUUCAAACCAAGAAUAAAUUUAAACAAAAAACCAGAAGAAUAUCAGAGCACUCUGAAUUGUCAUUUGAAUAAAAUGAAUUCCCAUGAAGAUAAUCAGAAGUCAGCAUUUGAAGUUUACAAAAGUAAUCAAGCUCAUACAAUUAGUGAAAAGCAGAAAAGCAAAAACAAAUCUUCCAAAAAAGUAAAAAGUGUUGGGGAAGAUGAUCCUGUAAAAAUGUUGCAAAAUGUUGCAAAGAAAUUUGGUUUUGGUGAUUUGAGUAGUAGGUUAGAUGGAGUCCGAUUUGAGAAUGAAGAAAUUAAUGUCAUUGCCAAGAAAACUGGUAAUAAACCAAAGCUAAGUCAGAGAAAAUGUUCUUAUUUAUGUGACGUGACCAUGAAAUCAGUGGAUGGAAAGGAAUUUCCUUGUCAUAAAUGCGUUCUUUGUGCUAGACUUGAAUAUUUUCAUAGUAUGCUGAGUAGCUCAUGGAUUGAGGCUUCCAGUUGUGCAGCUCUGGAAAUGCCAAUACAUUCUGACAUACUGAAAGUUAUUUUGGACUACCUCUAUACUGAUGAAGCUGUGGUGAUAAAAGAAUCUCAAAAUGUGGAUUUUGUUUGUAGCGUUCUUGUGGUGGCUGAUCAGCUUCUCAUAUCUCGAUUGAAAGAGAUUUGUGAAGUGGCAUUAAGUGAAAAACUUACCCUUAAGAAUGCUGCUAUGCUACUGGAAUUCGCAGCAAUGUAUAAUGCUGAACAGUUGAAACUAUCUUGUUUACAGUUUAUAGGACUGAAUAUGGCAGCUUUACUUGAAGCAAGGUCUCUUGAUGUUUUAAGUGACGGUGUUUUGAAGGAUCUUUCUGUGUUUUACCGAAAAAUGAUUCCAGCAAUGGAUAGAAGAAUCAUUACACCAUAUCAAGAUGGACCAGACAUUAGCUAUUUGGAUGUAGAAGAUGGAGAUAUCUUUUUGAAAGAAGAAAUAAAUAUGGAACAAAAUUAUUCGGAAAGUGUGUUCAAGAAGACAAAAACGAAAGCAAAAAAGAAGCCACGUAGGCGGUCAGAUAGUUCUGGAGGUUAUAACCUUUCAGAUAUUAUUCAGAGUCCACCAUCUACAGGAUUACUAAAGUCUGGUAAGACCAAUUCUGUGGAAUCUCUUCCAGAACUGUUGACAUCAGACUCUGAAGGAAGCUAUGCAGGAGUGGGUAGUCCUAGAGAUUUACAGUCUCCUGAUUUCACAACAGGAUUUCAUUCAGAUAAGAUUGAGGGGAAAAUUAAAUCCUAUGUUAAUGGUACACCUCCUGCACACUUUAGGGAAGAUUUAAAACCAUGGGAAAAAUCACCAGUACUUAAACUAUCUGCUCCACAGCCCAUUCCCAGUAACAGAAUUGACACUACAAGCUCUUCCAGUUGGGUUUCUGGCUCUUUCAGUCCUGUAAGCCCUCCUGUUAUGGAUCUCAGAACCAUCAUGCAAAUAGAAGAAAGUAGACAAAAAUGUGGAGCUACACCAAAGACAAAUUUGGGAAAAAUGAUUUCUCAUGGAGUUAAACUGUCUCAGAAGCAACGAAAAAUGAUUGCAAUGACUACCAAAGAUAAUAAUUCAGGAAUGAAUAGCAUGGAAACAGCUUUGAGUGCUCCAUCAAAAACCCCCAAACCAACGAAUGCAUGGGCAUCUUCUCUACAUUCAGUUUCAUCCAAGUCAUUCCGGGAUUUCUUACUAGAAGAAAAAAAAUCUAUUACUGGCCAAAGCUCAGGAGAUCAUGUCAAAAAAGUUUGUUUUAAAGGAAUUGAAAGUUCCCAGGCUGCAAAAGUUGUAAGAUGUUCUACUCAUGGUUCCCCAGGACCAGAAGGCAACCAUGUUUCAGAUGUACCACUUCUAGAUAGUCCCAAUCCCUGGCUAUGUUCUUCAUUGCCUGCUCCUUCCCUGCUAGCCCCAGUCACUUUUGCAUCUAUUGUAGAAGAAGAGCUACAGCAGGAAGCAGCUCUUAUCAGAAGUCGAGAAAAACCCUUGGCUUUGAUUCAGAUUGAGGAGCAUGCGAUACAAGAUUUAUUGAUUUUCUAUGAAGCAUUUGGCAACCCUGAUGAGUUUGUCAUUGUUGAAAGGACACCACAGGGACCACUGGCAGUACCUAUGUGGAAUAAGCAUGGAUGCUAGUUCACCAUGGAGUUGAGAUACAAUUUUCAUAAGUUGUGACUGUUAUAAAUAAAUGCUAUGGAAAAAGAGUUCUUACAAAUUUGGUAACAGAUCAUUCUAGGUAGAAUAAGAAAGGAUUUAAUUUCUUUACUAAACUUUAAGCAUAUACUGUUUGUAUGAUUAAGAAGAAAUCCCUCAGAAUUGUGAUUUUAGUAACCUUUUGUGUAAAAAUGUGUGAGAGGAAACACUAGGUUAAGUUUAAAUAGAACUAUUUUUCUGAAUAGUCUUAAAAGGAAAACAUGAGUGAUUGAAGUGUAAAAUUUAAGAGUGAUGCAUUAAAAAUUAACUUUCCAUUUGAGAAUUUGGGAUAAAUAAUUUAGAAGAUUUUUGCCAAAUAUCUUUUUUUUUUUUUUUUUUUUUUUAGUGUGACAUUGAUGAGCUUAAAGUAGGAGUGUCAGCCAUUACUUUUGAUCCAUCAAUGGCCAAAAUUUUGUGUUUGCUAUAGUAGUUAUGCCUCCAUUCUUGCGUCUUUUUCAUCAGGCUUUGAACGUUCUGGCCUGAUUUUUAAAGCUUGAGCUGCUUGAAUGCCAUUUUAUUUCGGUUUCAACAGCACAUUCUCCAUUUUGCAUUGAACUGUGGAGUAUGGUGGAAAGGAAAUAAGAAUACUAUUCUGAGCAGCUUAGUCUAAGAUAAUAGUUUCUUAUAAGAUUUGGAGUCAUUGUGGGGAUUGUUUUUGGAUGGGGAGAGGAGACCUUAUAAAAGCCUUAUUGUGACAGAAUCCAUUUCUGAAAGUGUUACAGUUUUCUAAAAUAAAUGCUUAAUUAUACAUAUAAGAAUGAAUAGUUUGGAAGAAGGUUGGUUUACAGUUACCUUUACAAUGUUAUAUAAUCAGAAAUUCUCUGAGCCUGGGUUAUAUGAAUAGACAUAAACAUUGUUCUCUUUACAGUAUGCUGUUUGGGUUGUUUUUGAGUGGUUAAAUAUUUUAAAAAACAAAUGUUAAAUCUGUGCUCCAGCACCUAGACAAAUUGGGAAAGUUAAUGUUUCUGAGAAAUAGUAAGCCAAGGGGAACAUACAGGCAAAUCACUGCUAUAAUUAGGUUGACGAAAAUAUGGCUGAAAUUAACUCAGCACUUGAGCUUUAGCUCCACCCAAAGCAGCAAACUUGUAAGCAAAUGUGCAAUAAAAAAUAAUCUUGAUCCA